GCCAUGUUGGAAAGUUGAGUUUCCAAGACACGCGUGGCGUGGCGGGCGGCGUGUCUCUCUUAAUGAAAUUUCAAGAUGGCUGAAAUGCCUCUAAGUAAAUUCCAUGGAACUGCUGAAGACUACCUCAACUGGUUUAAUGGUGUUGAGUUUGAGAAGGUGGUACUUCCAAAGAGCCAGACUGAUGGUAAGGGGCUCCAAGUGCCUGAAACUGAACAGGAUUCCUGUUCUUUCAUUGACACGUCUGCCUACAUGGAUCGUAAACACGGUCAGGAUUAUGCUGCCAAGUACAAGAAAGAGUUUGAGGCACUGCCAUUAGUUGAUACUAAACAACAUUCCAAGGUGUGGUCAGUGGAAGAAGAUACAAUGACAGAAUCACUCUUGAAUGAGGACGGGGUGAAUGCUGCCCAAGUUUAUUUGCAUUAUAACUUCUGUGUAUACAAUCAAGACUCAACACUGCCCGUAUUUGAUGACCAGAAAUUGAUCCUUAAGGAAAUUUCUAACUAUCAAGUUGUGGUAAUUCAAGGAGAAACAGGAUGUGGAAAAUCAACACAAAUUCCUCAGUUCAUCCUAGAUGAUGCAGCAGAGAAAAACGUCCAUUGCAAUAUUGUGGUCACACAGCCUCGUAAGAUUGCUGCUAUUUCUCUGGCUCGUCGAGUUUGUACAGAACGUAAUUGGGUACUGGGAAAAUUAGUUGGUUAUCAGGUAGGUCUGGACAAACGCACCGACAUUGACACAAGACUCGUGUACGUCACGGCAGAAGUAUUGGUUCAGACACUAAUUAACCAACGCAGUCUUGACAAGUUCACACACAUUAUCUUGGAUGAGGUUCAUGAACGAAGCGCUGAGACAGACUUUGCCAUCCUUCUUGUGAAAAAGCUGCUUCGUUCUGUUUCUCCUCGGGUUAAGAUCAUUCUGAUGUCGGCCACCAUUGAUACCUUCAAAUUUUCUGAAUAUUUUGCCACUCCGGUCACGGACCAGUUAGUACCUGCACCCGUUAUUUCCAUAGGGAAGAGGACACGCCACAAAAUCAUGACCUUUUACUUGGAAGAUCUUCGUGUGAUCUGCAGAGACAGACCAACUAUAAUACCCAAGUUACCAAGGAUCAACCCAGGAAACCCGAGUAUAGAUGACGACAUGUACAAAUUUGUUGUCGAGAUGAUAUCGUGUUUUGACAUCUUGGAGGAGAACACCGAGAAGAUGGUGACAACAAGAGGAGCAGUUUUGGUGUUCCUGCCCGGUUUGUUUCAAAUUGAAUGCUUGAUUGACCACCUAGGUGAGAGAGCCGAAAGAUACAAAUGGCAGUUGUUUCCACUUCACUCCUCCAUCACACAUGAGGAACAACAGCUUGCAUUCUCAACCCAACCAAAAGGCUUCAGGAAAAUUAUAUUGUCAACAAAUAUUGCCGAGAGCUCUGUUACUAUAACAGAUAUCAAAUAUGUGAUCGACUUCUGCCUGACAAAGGUGCUGACAUAUGAUAGUGCAACUAACUAUACUUCACUGAAGAUGGACUGGUCAUCGCAGGCUUCUUGCCAACAGAAAGCAGGAAGGUGUGGACGGGUCUCGUCGGGAAGAGUUUACCGUCUUAUACCACAGUCAUUUUUUAGGACUCUGCCUUUAUAUUCAACUCCUGAACUGUGCCGCAUACCCCUCAGCCAUUUAGUGUUGAAGACCAAGGUGCUUAAUAUGGGGGAACCUCAGUCCCUCCUGGCUCUGGCUCUUGAUCCACCAAACUUGGUUGACAUACAUCGAACUAUCCUCACAUUGAAGCAGGCAACACAAGUCUUCCCCCUCACAACAUUUCACCCUGUGCUGUAUAUAUGUAUUUAUUUGUGUAUUUAUUUAAUUGUAUUAAUUUUUUUUCUUUUGGAACAGAUGGGUGCUCUUGCUGUCAAAUCCAACAAUGAGAUAUCUUCCCUAGAUGGUAAUUUAACAUUCUUAGGAGAGGUGAUUGUCGCUCUUCCACUUGAUCCCCGUCUUGCCAAGCUGAUUGUGAUGGGCUAUCUGUUAGGUUGUCUCAGGGAAUGUAUAAUUAUUGCUGCUGGCUUGUCAUUGAGAGGCAUCCAUGCCCAUCCAUUCCGAGAUGAACUAAAUGCCUAUCUUUCCAAGGUCUCCUGGUCUUAUGGCUCCUUCUCUGAUUGCAUUGCUGUUCUCAACGCCUAUGAUCUGUGGCAGAGUUUGCAGCUCAGAGGAAAGUUCAUUCAUCGAGGCGGCCAAACUGAGAAACACUGGGCCAGGCACAGCUAUGUAGACCUCGUUGCCCUACGGGAAGUGCAAACGUUAGUGAAUGAAUUGACAAGUCGUUUGCAACGUUUCAAGAUCGAACCUCAAGUGCAUAAUCCAAUCAAUCAGAGUCACUGCCUUAUUCUAAAGAUAUGCAUAGCAAGUGCCUUCUUCCCACACUACUUCAAACGUUACAUCCCAGAUAACCACGAGGAAGAGAUAUGUCGGGAACUGAAUGGACACGAUCCAUUUAAGACGGUGGUUGUGGGAGGUCUGCCCCCAGAUACUAACAUUGUGUAUGACCAGCAAAUUAGGCAGCUAUUUCAGGAGUGUUCACAAAACCUUCGCAUUUCCUAUGAAGGAAGCAGGGCAUUUAUUCAAUUUCCAAGACUUAGCGGGUCUUCAGAAAAGGAGAAUCACUUCAAGGCUAUUCCAGGAGACUGCCCAACAACAAUGCAUAUGGCUCUCAAAAUGCACCAAAUAACGAGAAUUCAGAAGGGCUUUUUUAUAACUUGUUAUAGUCCAGAGGAAUCUGAAAGAAAAUUGAAGGAGGCCCUGGGCUAUAACGUCCAGUCUAAUUCUUCACUCAAAUUAAGGAAGGAUCCUCAACAAUCAACUCUAUUCACUGCUGUUAGGGUCACCCAACCCUCAGUUUGCAGACUGAAGCCUCCUAUAUUACCAACACAAGUAGAUCAUGCCUGGAAGGUGUAUGUUUCUCAUGUAGAGACGGCAGGACAUUUCUGGGUGGUUUCUAAUGAAAUGGGUGAAACUUUCAAGAUAAAGGAUGAAACACGUGACCUGACUAAUAUUCAGUCCUGUAUUAACUCGGCCAUAUCAAAUGAUGAAGCACCUCCUCUGUCACUAGAGGGCAUUACCCCGGGACAUGUGUGUCUUGCCAAAUAUAAAGACAUUGAUGGUUUACAGUCUUAUUACAGAGCACGUAUUGAGGAGGUCCAUUGUGACUCAAAUGUUUUGGUGUACUUUGUGGACUAUGGAAAUACUGAAUUUGUCGAUGGAGAGGACUUGAGAGCUCUACCUGUUGGCUUAACGGAUGUGAACAUGAAGGCAAUGGAAUGUAUGCUGGCAGAACUAAAGCCGGCCCCGAAAUAUGGUGAAGCUUGGGGAGAAGAAGUGACUAAUUGGGUUCAGAUCCAAAUUGAAAAUCAGUACUGUCUUUUAGAGAUUUACAGUAUUGUGCACGGGGUCUUGAGGGUGAAGGUGCUGAAGAAGCACGAGGGAAAGGAGAUAUCCCUCAGUGAUGAACUGAUUUCAAAGGGUUAUGCAGUCUGUGCUGAUGAAUCCUACCUGUCAAAGCAAAAUCGUGGGUUACGAGCAAUAUAUAGCAGCCAUUUACAGGACAUUUCUACAAGCAAUGCAUGCACUCUUACAUCGGCUGUCUCAUCGCUCUCCCUCAACUGUGAUAGUAAAUCUUCAGUCUUUGAAGGGAAGGAAGAAAAGGCUAAUGGUGGCAUCGUUUGCGGGUUUGAAUUCUUGUGAGUCAAUGGUGAUCCUGCGUAACACCACCUUGAUGCCCCCCAUCCCUGGCCUCUUGUCUCUCUGUCUCCUCCUCUUUUGUCCUGUAGCUGAAUUAAGGGUAAAUAAUGAGUGCACACGCUACACUGGAGCUUUGAUCGGCCUUGGGUAUGAUGAGGAAAAUGGCCGGGCCAUAUAUCCAGAUGAGGAUAUUGAAUUAGAAUUUGACGUUAACUUCACCCAAAAUGAUU